AUGAGCAUUCUGAAGCCCUUCGCCGAACAUGUGCAAGACCUUGAGAAACAGGUGCGCAGUGUACGCGAUGAGCAAAUUGCCCAGAGUGUAACCAUGGGUGCCGUUACAGCGGCACAGAAAUCGCUUGAAGAGUCUUCGACAUCUCUCAAACGGGAUCUGUGCGAGGUGAAGGCCAACGUGGCACGACACCACCAGGAUGUGACUAACCUGAUCGAAGUCUUCUCACAGGCCAAUCAGGAACGACAAGAAAAGCUGAAGAAGCACAUUGAUGAGGAGAUACUCAACGUUCGGUCCAGCUUGAAGGCGCUACGUCUGCAGCAAGAGGAUACCAAGCCCCGUGUGGCAUCUCUGGAGACCAAAGCCCAGGUUGCGGCAGAUCAGCUUCAGGCAGAUGCAUUCACCUUGAAGCACUUGCAGGAAGCAUGCGAGCUCAACAAGUUCUGCUGCCAGGGCCUUUCAGAUCGGCUGGAGGUCACCAAGACUCAGGGCGAGGCAACACAGUCCGAUUUGCAGAGGCUGAAGACAGUCGAGUCCUGCCACCAUCAAGAAGCCAUGGACACCACUUCCAGGUUAAAAAGGCGGCUGGACCACACUGACAGCAAGGUAAAGCACAACCAUGAGGACAUCAGCAGGACUGCCGCUGCUCUCGGACUGCGGCUGGACGCAUCAGAGGAAGGCCUUGGCCGCGUUGAGGAAGCCAUCGCUGCCUUGGAUGCGAACAUGCAGGCCACCCUUCUGCAGUACGACAAGGAGCAACAGGCUUCAGAGGAGUCCAAGCAGAUGAAUGCGCUUGAACGCCUGGCGCACCACGUGCACCGUAUCCGCGAGGAGCUGAUCGAGUUCGCUACGAACAACCACGCUGAAGCCACUGAAGGCAUUAGCAAAGUCUCGGCUGCCGUUGAUGCCAGCAAGGCGAAGUUGCAGCUCCAUGACGAGCACUUGGAGAGCCUUGAUGGACGAGCAACGCGGCUUGAGCAAGGUCUGGAGCAGACCCAAGCUCAUUGCAACGACAUGGAUCGUGCCCUGGAUGCUUAUGGCACACGCAUGAGAUCUGCCGAAGACGAAAUAAGGGAUUUGGCCCACUGGAGGGAUCAAACGUCUGCAGAAGUCGAGGAGCUCCAAGACUCGUCACAGAAGGUCAAGAUGCGUCUUCGCAUAGCCGAAGAUGGGCUGCAG